UUACAUCUAUAAAUGACAUAAAUUUAACACAUAUUGCUUUAGUGUGAUUACAUUAUUUUUUGUCGCACUACAGUAAUGUAAUGAAACUAAAUACAACAUGGCAGACUCAGCAGGAGAUUUAGCAGAUGUUCGCUUAAAAAUUCAUUCUAACAAUUUGCGUAUUGAUCUGACAAAAUCGGGAGAUGCCGAAGAAUGUUAUGUAUAUCUUGGAGAAGUAUUAAAAUAUGAGGUGAUUGUGAAGAAGCCUAAGGACUACGAAUACAAGGGAUGGAGAAAGCGAGUGUCCCAGUUAUCGGCACAUGCCUGCCUAAGCCCUUUGGAUCCAAAACUUAAGCAGAGGAAACUUGAAACCAAAACAAGCUUGAAAAAUGCACCCAAGAUCAUACCAAAAAUAUGCGACGAAACAAAAGAGCACACUACCUUUAGUCCAGUUAUUGCCACCUAUAUUGAUACAGUGGAGAACCCACUUAUUGAUGUUACAUCGCAGAGUGAAAAACCUUAUUUUAAAGACUCAAGUACCUAUGUCAUGCCCAUGUCAAUUUGUGUACGUGACACACCAGGCCAAUGUCAUCUAGCUGAAUUGAAUGUCAUAUUAUGGCUAUGCAUCUCACCAUUAAAGACUAACCCAGAAGUUGAGGCCAAGAAGGACUUUCAGUUGACUACAACUGCUGAUGCCACAAAUCGCAAAUUUGUCCAGCAAGUUUCAGUUUCCAGAACCCUGCAUGUGCAUGACCCUCCUCAACUAAAUGUCCGCUUUGUUGCCACUGGCCAGCAACAUCUUUUGCUGGCAGAGGUGAAAAACAGGACGAGGAACACAGUAACACUAAAAAACUUGACAAUCAUCCCAAGUCCGACUCCAUACUUUGACCAUAGCAAACUUGUCCGUGACAGCUCCAUCACUGAAGGACCGAAGUCUGAAUGGUGGAACCAUGUGGUUUGUCCAGCUGUGUCCAGCGGCGUCAUGUUUCCUGUAACAUUGAGAGGGUGUGAAGAACUUGCUCUUGUUUACAGACUAGACCUAUCUUCUGUACUGUCUGAAACAGAACUUUCUUUCAGAACACAUCUGAAGUGGACACACUCAGAGACUAACAGAGAAAUCAACACUGUUUACAGGCUUCCAAAAAUACGAGUGCGUUACCCAGCUUUCACAGUAACUGUGAAAUGUGAUGGCCCUGUAGAAGCACGCAAAACGUUUUAUCUGACUUACAACAUUGCCAACAACCUGCAAGACUUUCUUAGUGUGCGGCUGUACUGGAAUCUGGACAGCCAACUUUCUCUGCUCCAAGACAGAGAUGAUGAAGAGGCUUUGGCAGAAAAACAGACCCUAGAGGAGGUGAAGAGGGCAGUGAUUUGCCAUGAUCCUGACAUCUUCAUUGGGUCUUGCCCAAGGGGCUGUACCAUGCCAGUUAAUGUGGGCUUUCAGAUCUUACAGCCUGGGUUGUAUGAGUUUGGGGAGCUCAUGAAGCUGAAUCUCCGCUGGGCCCUGCCAGAUUCACAAAGUACACUGAAGCAGGAUUCUGUGGGAACACCUGUUUCAAGUGACACUGUGUCAACGUUGUCAGCUGACGACCAGUUGGCUGCCUCAGCAGAGCUGUGGAGAGACAGAAGUGGGAGCACAUCGUCUCUGCACACACCCACAUGCCACUCAGCAGAAGAGAAGAGAAAAUCUUUUGCUACUAAGUCCUACUCAUUUGGAGAUCUGGGACCAACCUUAUCUGCAGAUUCUGAUGAUGUUUGCCGAAUGAGGUUCAAGAGCAUCAAGCGGUCUUCAGCGGUAAUGCCACCAAGACCGCCACCUCCAUGCAGUCUGAGUCAGGCAGAGAGAGAUCUGACAAACCGCAGCAACUUUCUCAAAAAGUCUUUUAAGAUCUACAUUCCAAGCAUCUCAUGAAAUGUAAAUCUUCUUAUUUAUUAGUAGAUUAGUGAGAUACAAACCCUAAUCACAGGAGUGAAGAAAACAAAUAUUUCAGUAUUUCCACAUGCAUUGUUAAUGAUGGGGUGGGAUAUUGUAGCAGAAUGAAAUGUCAGCUGCACUUUAACAAAAAGAAAAAUGGUCUUGCUUUAAUUAUUAAAUUGUGCAUUUCCAGAAACUUCUCUAAUGCAUGUUGUAUCAGAUGUUUGAUUAUAGGCUUACAUCACCAAUAUUGACUGAAGGUCAUGCUUUGGUGUGACUAGCCUUAAUUGUAAACUUGCUGGGACUUUAAAUGUUUUGAGGACUUGUAUUACAAAGCUGGUGAGUGUUGUAACUUAAGGCAUGUUAAUGCAGCUGACCUCAGGAAAGUGUCAUAUGUUUUAUUGAUGAACAUUUCAGUACUUAAGACUGUUUUAUUCUGUAUAAAAAUUAUGAAAAGAAAUAUCCCAUAAUGCAUGUUAUAUUUGUGAUAGCUGGUUUUCUAAAAUCAUAUAAAUAAUAAUCUUUGAUAUCAUGCCCUAUUUGUUAACGAUAAAAAAUGUAUCAUCUCCCUAAAAGAAUUUGAGUUCAUGAAAUGAAGAAAUGGUGAAAUCUGUUGAUUUUUAAUCUCAAGUGAUUGUAAAUAAAAGUUGCCCUUUGAAUUGUGUUAAAAUAAGUAUAUCAAUGUUAAAAUCAUGUGACUUUAAUGAUCAGUUAAUACACCAAAAUACUGGAGUUUAUGGAGUUAAUUGUGAAAGACUAUAUGUAUACGAGGGAAUCAGCACCUUAAUACCUUUAGACAUCAGUCUCACUCGUCCAUAAAAGGAACAAGUAUCCAAUUUGCAGCACAUAUAUUGAGACAUAACAUUUACACUUCAGUAUGAUUCUUUACAAAAUGUACUCAUAUUUAGUGUUCAUCCAAAAACUUUAAUAAUAUGCACAUUUGAAUUUUUCUUGUUCUUGAAACAGCUUAAACAAAAGGGUGUUGGGAUCAAUCAGAAUAUUCUGAAAACAGAUCUUAUAAAAGUUAAGUGGUGUUGGCAGUAAAUUCUGCAUUUUUAUAACACACUGGACUUGGACUAUUUACUGCAUUUUUUGUACCACUAUUAGGAUAACAUUAAGUACACAAUGAAUGUAAGUGUUAAAUAGGAUUUUUUAUUUUAAUUUUCAGCUCCAGUUGUGAGCAUUGUUUAUCACUUGACAUCUGACAUGACUACAUUAUCAAUGUAUACAUCUUAUACAUCUGUACAUCCAAAAUGUACAUAUGCUUAGAUACAUAUUUAAAUGUAUUAAAAAAUUCAUGUGCAUAUACACAUACACAUUCAUACUGACACUGAUGUACUUCACUCAUACUUCAGAAAUGUUGCUGUUAAAAAAAAUGUCAGUAGAUAAAUGUGCUUUGUUACCCUCUCAGAACUUGUUAUGGUUGUUAUGCAUGGUUCCCAGAUUCUAAUUAUGUAAGAGGUUAUUUCAUUCAUAUGCUGUGAUCAUUGUACAGUAGAGAGUAUAAACUUAAAAUGUGUUUUUAGUUACGCACUUGAAAAUAGUUCAGUCUAUGAAGAGUCACCCAUCUAGCUUUCAAUGCUUGUGUUGUUAAAAAAAUUGUCAGUUUCAAAUAAAUCGCAUGCUUAAAAUUG